GCCCUUCGGAGCGCAUCCCCCGCCGCGCGCAGCCGCCAGCACCUCUGUCCCGAGCCGGGUCCGCCCGUCCUCGCCGCGCGCGCCCGCGUCCCGCAGCCGUCGGGCCCCGGCCAGUCCAGCCCGCACCAUGCCGGUCAAAGGAGGCACCAAGUGGAUCAAGUACCUGCUCUUCGGAUUUAACUUCAUCUUCUGGCUUGCCGGGAUUGCAGUCCUUUCCAUUGGACUAUGGCUCCGAUUCGACUCGCAGACCAAGAGCAUCUUCGAGCAAGAAUCUCACAAUAAUGCCAGCUUCUAUACAGGAGUCUACAUUCUGAUUGGAGCUGGGGCCCUCAUGAUGCUGGUGGGCUUCCUCGGCUGCUGCGGUGCUGUGCAGGAGUCCCAAUGGAUGCUGGGGCUGUUCUUUGGCUUCCUCUUGCUGAUAUUUGCCAUUGAAAUAGCUGCAGCCAUCUGGGGAUAUACCCACAAAGAUGAGGUGAUUAAGGACAUCCAGGCGUUUUACAAGGACACCUACGAGAAACUGAAAGGCAAGGACGAGCUGCAGCGGGACACGCUGAAAGUCAUCCACCACGUGCUGAACUGCUGUGGUAUGGGCGGGGUUGUGGAACAAUUUAUCUCAGACAUCUGCCCCAAGAAGAACUUGCAGGACAGCCUCACAGUGAAGUCCUGCCCUGACGCCAUCCAAGAGAUCUUCGACCACAAAUUCCACAUCAUCGGCUCAGUGGGCAUCGGCAUUGCCGUGGUGAUGAUAUUUGGCAUGAUCUUCAGUAUGAUCUUGUGCUGUGCUAUCCGCAGGAGCCGCGAGAUGGUCUAGAGUCAGCUUACAUCCCUGAGCAGGAAAGUUUCCCUGUGAGGAUUGUUGGGGGCUUUUGUUUGGUUGGUUUUUUUGCCACUAACUUCAAUAUCCUGCAUUUCUAAAUUUAAAAAGUUACUCUGUGUUUGUAUUUUUUUAAUCCUUUAUUCAAUAUUCAUAUUUGCAGUUGAGGGAUUAGUUUGGUUUGCUUUGAUUUAUAUUUUUUUAGUUCUUUUUGCUUGUUAUGUUAAGCAGAAAUCCUGCAAUGAAAGGUACUAUGUCUGCUAGACUCUAGACAAAAGAUAUUGUACAUAAAGAGAGUUUGUUUGGGGGUUUGUUUGUUUUUUGUCUUUAAAUAGAUAAAAAUGUCUAUCAAAUUUAAUCAGAUUGUAACUUAUAUUGAAGACAAUUUGAUACAUAAUAAAAGAUUAUGACAAUA